AUGCGCAACGGUGACAUUGUAGUUGUACACAAGGCCAAAGGCGCCUUCACGGAAUGGCUCGAGCUAGACGAGGAGCCAGGCCGAGCCAGGCACGUCCAGGAGCAAACCACGCACGGCAGCAGUGCUAUCAGAGGUCCCUUCCGCGCGCUGAAAAGAGUCAAAGUCGAUAAAGAUUGUCACCUCGUCCAGUCCGCAUCACGGCGACCAAAGCUCGACUCCGGGCCUACGCAGGACCGGUCACUGUGCCUUCGAGACAUAGUCACAGCUCGAUUGUAA